CGUUCGAGAGUUAAUAUUUUAAUUGAUAUUAAAUUAUUUAUAAUUAGUUGAUUUAACCUAGGGUCCCUAGAACGACGCACUUCCGGUGUGCGCAGUGAGUGUGCGCAGUGCAGUGCAAGAAAAAAAUUUCAUGCUGCAGAACGCAGAUAUCGGCAACGAAUAUUUCCAUCUAAAAUGGAUGAAAAUACAGACUACAGACCCGGGAAUAGUCGUUUUUCAUAAACUUUUCAAAUUCAAUUUCAAUAUUUUUACGCAGUUCCUGACUCGAUCUGACUAAGAAUGCAGCAAGUGCAUUUGCGUGUAAGACAUCUGCGUCCCAGCGUGCUCGCCGCAAUUUUAGCUCCCCACGCCAGGAAAGCCGAGUGGUACCGAAUUAAUCAUCAUGCCUUUCGUUGCGAAUAUUCUCCGAGCUACGCUGGCAAUUCAUGAGUUGCCUAAAGACUAUACAGGUCUUUUUUUAGGAUGUAGCAACACCGAUUGCCCUUCCAACAAAGCUCUCUUGAAUGAGUGUUGUGACAAUCCGUGCGUUGUAAAAAUUCAUGCAUUGGACAACUCGAAUUCUCGACUCGAUUUACAAUCAUGUGCUUCUGAUCCACCUGGAUACAUCGGUGAUAUCGAUUCUGGCUGUACACCAGGUGUGAGAAGAAGCUUGUUACUGCUGAGGUUUGUGGACAACACAUUCAAUGGUAGUUAUACAAUGACGAUAGGUGUUGACAUCAAAAUAAGCACUACAGAGAUUGACGGACAGGAUGGGAUCCUGCUGAAAAAUGCUUUAACCACAAACGACAUGAACAUGAGCUCGAUGUCAAUAAAUUGAGGCAAACGUUGGAGGAAGUGCUAAAUCAACUCAAACGAAAAG